UGCAUUUGAAUUUGAAUAACAGAUUGGUCUUGACGCCCGGCCCUGACGAAGAAUUUGCAUAUACUCUGUGUGGUGGAGUGGACAUCGACAAUCGAAAGAGCUCAUCAUAAUUUUUAGGACAACAAACAUUUCAACAAUGGUCGAACAAGUGAUAAAGCAACUUGUUAUUGGACUUAUUGUGACUCUGAUGACUGUGACGAUGAAUCAUGCUGGCGUUGCAGGAACCAUCACUCACAAGCGAUUCGUUAUUCAUGUUCCGAUGAAAAUGAAGAGUCAUCAUCACACGCACACGGUUUACACGCACAUCCAUCAUGGUGGAGGAAAAGUCGAGUACAAAGUCCUUGGAUACACCCAACAGCAUGGCGUCGAUGGACACGUUGAAGCAUCCGAACAUGGGGUGCCUGUUCAUGGAACUGGGAGUUUAGUGUUCAAUCAUUAUGCGAGAAAUGGAGAGGACCAUUUGCAGGAUGAGUACUCUAGUGAUUACGAGGACUGGGAUUCAUAGAACAUGUAGGAAAGUCGUGUGUGUGUUUCGGAAGUGAACGAGACGAAUAGUGCCUUUCAUAGUUUCAAGGCUGAAAGGGAUUGUGUUCAGACUUAACAUCAAAAUUAGUUGGUGUUUAUUAGUGUCAUUUUAGAAUUUAAUU